UUUAUAUUUAAACAUAAGGAACUCGUGUAGGUAUGUUAGUUUAAUGCGCACCUUGGUAAUGGUGGUGUGCUAUCAAUUUUUUAUAACUUACUAAUCAUUAACCAACCUCACUAAAUGCCCAAACCACUUCAACAACAUCUCACCCUUCUGGAUUAUAUCUCUGGUAACUCCACUACGCUGUCUAAUUUCUGUAUAAUGUGUGUGUGUGUUGUUAUUGUGUUUGCAGUUCACCUGGAGGACCUGUACUGUUUCCACUACACUGCCAGCAACGAUGACCUUGACAAACGCAGCGGCUGGGACUUGUAUAACCCAGCAGCUGAGUACCACCGCAUGGGUGUACCCUGUGAGGCCUGGUCACCCACCACAUUCAACCACAACUACGAGAUCUGUGACACCUACCCUCAGGAACUGUAUGUUCCUGCUUCAGCACCCACCAAAGUGAUCCUUAGCAGCUCCAAGUUCCGCAGCAAGGGCCGCUUUCCUGUUCUUUCCUACCUCCACAAAAACCAGGCUGCAUUGUGUCGAUCUUCCCAGCCGUUAUCUGGCUUCAGUGCUCGCUGCGAGGAGGAUGAAGAAUUACUUGACUGCAUCCUCAGAUCCAACCCUAACUCCUCACACAUGAUUGUCGUUGAUACUAGACCAAAGAUAAAUGCCAUGGCUAACCGUGCUGCAGGCAAGGGCUAUGAAAAUGAGGCAUAUUAUGAAAAUAUUAAGUUCCACUUCUCUGGUAUCGAGAAUAUACAUGUGAUGAGAGCAUCUUUAGCCAAACUAGUAGAGACAUGCCAGCUUGUAACUCCUUCAAUGGCUGGGUUUAUCAGUGGUGUGGAGUCAUCGGGUUGGCUGAAGCAUGUGCGUUCAGUGUUAGACACGGCUGCUUUCAUCACCAAUUCCAUGGUUGAAGGAAUCAGUGUUCUGGUACACUGUUCUGAUGGCUGGGACCGCACAGCACAGACAUCAGCAUUAGCUCAGCUCCUCCUUGAUCCAUACUACCGUACGACAAAAGGAUUCCAGAUAUUAAUAGAAAAAGAAUGGCUGGCAUUCGGGCACAAGUUCACUGAUCGUUGUGGACACAUACAAGGAGACAGUAAGGAAGUGUCUCCUAUCUUCACACAAUUCAUUGAUUGUGUGUGGCAGCUUCAGCAAAUUCUACCCUCAGCAUUUGAGUUUAAUGAAAGAUAUCUCCUUGUCCUCCAUGACCAUGUGUAUUCAUCCCAGUUUGGGACCUUCAUUGGUAACUGCCAGAAAGACAGAGUUGAUCUAAGAUUAGCAGAAAGAACAUACUCACUCUGGGGCUUCCUGGGGUGUCACGAGAGUGAGCACAGAAACCCACUCUAUCGAAAAGAUUCUACUGCUGAUGUUUUGCGACUCAACCUCUGCCCUCAGAGUGUCAGAUUUUGGCGUGGGAUGUACAAUCGCUUUGAAAAUGGUAUUCACCCACGAGAGCCACUAGGAGACGUCUUGGCUGCCACUACUGAGCAUACACAAGCACUAAAUGACCAAGCUGACUUUCUAACCAAGCGCAUCACAUGGCUUAAGAAUGAAUUGGAGAGAAGAGGGCAGAUCACAGCCAAGAAAGGGGCUGGUAGCCACUUCGACAAUCGCAUCUUAGAUGAUGCACAACAGAAUGGUGAGGACAAAGUAGACAGUAUAGGAGUGCUGGGGAUGCGUGAAGUGGAAGAAUCCUUGGUGUCUGUUGGGGCUCUCACAGUCGCCAAUUCUGCAGAGUCGGACGUUUCAUCAGAAAAGAUUACUCCUGACUCCAAUUUCAUCAACCCUUCACAUUUUAUACAAAGCAGCAAGCUGGUUAUGAACCAACUAUUGUCAUACCAAGUUGAUCGUGCAGUCUCUCCAGACUUGUCAUCAGUGGUUCUUGACUGGAAGACUUUCAGAAAUGUACGAGAAUGCUCUUGUUCAACUCCUUUUGACCACUUCAGUCGCAAGCACCAUUGUUGGCGAUGUGGAGAAGUGUUUUGCACUCGAUGCAUAGACAAGAAGGCAGCACUACCAGGCCAUCUCAGCCAGCAGCCAGUACCUGUAUGCAGACCUUGCUAUAAAGAUGUCACACGUUCCAUUUCAGUUGAUACCCCAUAGAUUUUAAAGUACUCUUUACGGCAAUGUGAUACAUCAACUGAUUAAUACAUUGAUGUAAGUUGUUAUCCACCAAAUAUUUUGUAUUGUAGGAGCAGUUGGGUUUUACAGGGGAGUGGAAAGUUUGUGUAAACUAGUAUGAAGUCAUCUCUACAUCAUGCCUACUUAAUCCUAAACCAGCCAGUGUUACUACAAAUGCAGAAUAGGCUGUGUACUCCUAUCCUUUAGUUUACCUUGUAAAUGCAACUAAUUAUACCUUUGAAACACUUCCAGUGAAUCAUCAUGAUCAUCAUCAAUGCCAGCAUGUUUACAUGUACAUACAAGUGUGGAGGGUCUGUUAUAAUUACCUUACUCAUGUUAGUCACCGACCAAUUCCACCCAAGCUAAAGGCCUAACUGUAACAUUCAAGAAAUUUUAUGAAAAACUACACUAAUUAUUGUUGUAGAAUUGGCUUGUAUAACAAAACUUAUUUGAAAAUCAAAUAUAAAACUGAUACUAAUUGUUGCUGUUUCACAAAUUUUAAAAUUUUUGGUGUGGAUAUUUCUUGCAAUCUCUUGUUUAUUAUAAUAGGCAUUUAAGAAUAUAAGUAGCAGAUUUAAAGAUACGUUUAAUUGAAUAAUUUCAGUUGGCAGUAAAAUGUCAAAGCUUACUCUGCUAAAUUUCAGUAACUAAGUAAUGGAAGGGAAAGGUUUUCAUUUUGUUAUUAUACUCAAAAAUAAACAUUGAACAAAUAUAGGUAAUUUGGCACUUGGUUUUGUUUGUAUAGUUAAUAUUUUAACCCUUUUAGGGUCCAUCCCGUAGUUCUGCGGCUUUGAAGCCAGGGUCCAAGCUGUAGUUCUUUGCCAGGAACUCAGCUUACUCAGAUAAGCUGUGAACAGUAAAUUUGGGCCUAGACACGAGAGAAUACACCUGUGUGGUAAGUGUGCACCACAUAAAACAAAUCAUGCAGCACGCAGUGCAAAAUGAGAAAAAAAAAAAAAGCCGUAUUUGUCAAUUAAAUCAACGACUUUGCGGUGCUUUUUUCGUAUGUUUUUUAUUGUUGCAUUUGCAGUUUCUUGAUCUCAUUUGAUAGAAUGGAGGAUUUAUUACAGAAAUAGAGAUGAAAGUGGCUUGAAACCGAGUGGAUAUGUUCGAUUUUUGCCGACGUUCAAGAAUAAACAAAUGUCAUGUGUCCAAUACACCUCAACUGGUGGUUCUAUAUACAUGUUCACGAAUGUGCUGAUAUUAUUUUUACAAUUAUUACAAUAUUGCAUGGCAGUAAAUUUUCUAUUUUUUUGGUGUGAAUAAAAUUCAUGUGAAUAAAAAGUCAAAAUGGAAUUCAAUUGUAAAGCCUGAAUACGUAACUAAUAAACAGGAAAUGUUAUUUUAGUGCUAGGAAUGCCUGCAUUGUUUAUUCUGGACCCUAUUUUGAAAUUGGAAUAUAUUGAACUGUGUGAAAGUGGCUAAAUUACCAAUUUCUGAUCACUCUAUUGGGUAGUUGAAACAGUUGACUAGGCAAUUUCCUGUGCUCAAUCGAUAAAAUUGAAGUAAUUCUAGCGAAAUAGCUAAGAAUUUGGUCAACUGGAAUAAUGUAAUUGGCCUAAAAUGGGAGUCAAAGUGGGCAAAAUCGCCGAUGCGUGAAUAUUGCUGAUGCAGCAAAAUUUGUGAGAGCAUAAUUUCGUCAAUUUUCCAUCAAAUUUCAUACUUUGUUUUAUUUCCUUCAAAAAAAAAAAAAAAAAAUUCUCUACCAUUUCAUAAUUUUUUUUUUUUUUAAAAAUCCUGGACCCUGUGGACAAGUUCAGAUUGGGGGUCUGGACCCUGAAAGGGUUAAGACCAUUUUUCAGUCAUUGUUACUCUUGUAAUAACACUCUUAGCUCAGUUGCAUAAUUUACAUUGAUCAGGAAUCACAGUGUCAGUCUUUUACAGUAUUCCUCUGAAUUAGAAAAAAAAUAUUGUACUAUUAAAAUGUUGUUUGGAGUACCAUAUAUUAUUUUGCUUUGUUAGGUAAAUGGACAAACACUGUUGGUAGUUGACAGAGCAAUUGACUUUGUUGUGUAGCACCUGUAGUAUGAUCACUAUGUUGUCAGCAGUGAUAUGGAAAAGCAUCACUGAAAGUAUUGUAUGCAUACUGAUUCCUGACAUAUUUAGAUACAGUACUUGCAAGUCAUGAAAUAUUUUAAUCAAACUUUUUUAUUUUGUAAAGCAAGGCUGAAGCAAAUACUGUUUUCUAGGUUAUUACACCAGGAGCAUAAUAAUGGGCAUGUAUGCUAGCACAUACUGGUAGGAUGCUACUAGUGCUAGCAGUGAUUUUAAUGAUAGGAAAGCACUGAACUUGAAUUGGUCAUGUAGCAACUGAGUAAAGGGAUGUAAUAACGUUUAAUGCAAGGAAGCAUAAUAGAGUUCCUUGGAGAAAGAGCCCCUUACUGACAUUGAGGCUCCUCUCUUGAGAGUUAUGAAUGCUGGUAGAUGAUUGAUAUUAUCAUCAAGCAAGUGGGCACAUCCACAUACAAUUUUUUUUCCAUAAGUAAUGUAGGAUGUGCAGUAUUAUUAUAAUCAAAAAGAAGCGCUAAGCCACAAGGGCUAUACAGCACUGCAGGGCAGGAAGGAAGCGAGGGUAUCAGGUGGCAAAAGAGAGAUGGAUGAGUAAUAGGUUACCGAGAACAGCAGAGGCAGUGGAUGGUAAAAGGGUAGAGGGCAGCAAGAGAUUGAGGUAGAAAGGGCUGAGGGGAGUGCAAAAGGUAUCAUCAUCAGAGUUUGUGGAGUAAAUCAGUCGUUGUCAAGAAGUCAGUGAGAGUCAGGAUUAAAGGAGGGUCCAUCAGCAAGAAGGGAAGGUAAAGAGAGAGUAGUAGAGCGGAGAUGACGUUGUAGGUAAGGAUAUUCAGUAGCUAUGUCAUUUGUUUCUGCUACAUUUUAGGUCAUUCCUUGUGAUAAUUUACAUUGUGAUUAUGAAAACAGAUCAUAUAGGAGGUAAUUCACCAAACACCCACACUUAGAGAGGAUCAUUAGGGUGACAUUUUGAUCUGUCCUAGACCAUUGUUAACUCUCAAUAGAGAGUAAUAGGCAGGGAAGGCCUUCUAUGCCUCUUAAGUUGCAAUUUGAUAGUCCAUGACAGACUGAAAUGUCAUCCAUAUGUUCCUCAAGUAAGUGCAGGUUGUUGGUGAAUUGUUCUAGCCGUGGUAUUGUGAUUAUUAUGUGGGAGGUAAACUUAGAAAUAACAUAUGCAAUAGUGCCCCUUUUUAUUGUUAUUCAAGGUUAUAAUAGGCAUAUAUUAUGACCUUUCCCCACACACACCAGUAAGACAUGUAAGAAAAAAAAUUUGUUUACAAGCAUAAUUACAAUUUUUUUUUUUUUUUUUAAUUUUAAUAAUUCAUUAUUACGUUUUUCUGUGUAAAAUGUACAACAAAAAUUUAUAUUAAAUGUUUUUGCUACACCAUGUAAGUUACACAGAUGUUAGUAAAGUGUGGUCUUUGCCAUACGAAAACCUAACUAGACCAAUACCCCUUUAUAUACUUGAAUACUUCGAUUUUUAUAGGUGUUGCAUGGUAAUGCCCUACAUGUUUGGUGCUUCCUUGCAUUAAAACCGAGGAAGCACCUUUAAGGGGUCAUAUGGGAAAUGGGAAGCAAUCAGGUUUGAUCCAGAGACCUUUGAUGUCAUCAAGGCACAAAUAUACUAAUUAGAUUUUUAUACAAGUUGUUCAGUAGAUCUGAACAGAUUUAAUUGGUCAUCAAUUGAACUAUCCACUAGUGUGUUUACAUUUAGGCUGAAAUUUGGGAGACAAAAAUCAUUAUUAGCAGAAAUUCAUAUAAUGGAAGUUCUUUUCAUAAUUGCAAUAUUGAAAAGCACAGCAUUAAGAUUUUUCCAAGUUCAGUAGUGGAUGAAGUAAAUGAAUUUGUGAAAAACCUGUUAACAACUUGACAUCAGAAAUAUACAUAUAUAUAUAUAUAUAUAUAUCCUCCAUGGGGAAGUGGAACAGAAUUCUUCCUCCGUAAGCCAUGCGUGUUGUAAGAGGCGACUAAAAUGCCGGGAGCAAGGGGGUAGUAACCUCUUCUCCUGUAUAUAUUACUAAAUGUGAAAGGAGAAACUUUCGUUUUUUCUUUUGAGCCACCCCGCCUCAGUGGGAUACGGUCGGUGUGUUGAAAGAAGAUAUCUCUCUCUCUCUCUCUCUUUAUAUAUAUAUAUAUAUAUAUAUAUAUAUAUAUAUAUAUAUAUAUAUAAAUAAAUAAAAACACACACACACAAUGUUGGCAUCUUGAAUAAUAAUUACAGUAAGACCUCACAUAACACGGCAGUUUUGUUCCUGAAAUUGGCGCAUUAUGUAAAAUUGUGCUAUGUAAUAUAUACAUGUGAAAAAUAAGGUCAGGUAUGCUGCAUCUCUAAGAAAACCAUACAAAUUUAUUGUGUAUUUCAUCAAGAAUAAUAGUUCUUGAUAACUGACAUUGUAGAUGUGGUUGCGUGUUAACCUAAUACCACCUUUCAUCACUUAUGGCCAGUAAUAUUUCGUAUUGUAUUUGCUACCAGCUAACACCACCUUCAAUCACCACCCAGUAGAUACCUACAGAAUGGAGGGGAAUUUUCCAAGUGGGAACCAACCCAUAUUAACUUUAGCUACACUAUACAGUCUGGAGCAAUGUUCCAGUAAUUUUGGGAUAUAAAUAUGAUUUGGGUUUCAGUAAAAAUGCACUACCUAAAUUUAUGUUAUGAGAGGCCUGUCUGUAUACUAGGAAAGCACUAAAACUUGAAGAAUCAAUACAGUCCUUCAGGAAAUGAGUGAUUAUCAGAUUUUAUCUGAGGAAGGGGAGGGAAGGGUAGCACAAUUUCUCAGAUGAAGGGCCUCUUGCCAGCAUCAAAGCAAUGCUUUCCCCCCCUUCUCCCUCUUCUUUGAAGACUGGUAUCUUGGAUAAGGCUUGUGAGCUCAGGUUAACAGAUGUGGAUCCAGAUAAUGCCCAGUCCAAAUUAAUGGAAAGAAAUGCAUUCUUGGCAGAAGGUUUCUUAUAAUUAGGAGGGAGACAAAACUGAGUAGCCCUAUUUGUCAGGAAGCGGUAAAAAUUUAAGGAAAUAAGGCUCCAAAUUGUCCAGAUAUCACAGACUACAUAAUAGGCACAAUAGCCUGUCAGACCUAGAGUAGUUACAAUAAUGUACUUUGCCCUGAACAACAACAUAUUCACAAUUUAUAUUGUGAAUAAAAAAAAGCCAUUCAAGGUCAAGCCUAUAUCAUAUUUUUUUUAUACAAGCUUUCAAGACUAAUCUUUGCAAACCUUAAAGGGUCUUCUAUGAAUGGAGCAGUUCCUGCUCGUUAACCAGCAUUUAUAUUAAAGAUUCUUAUUACAGAACUUUAUAUCACAUAGUUUGAUACAAGUGUGAAAUGCCAGCAGGCUGGAGUAAAAGUUAUACUUUACUGUAUAUGCAGAGUAAAAUUUAUUUACAUUUUUGCUUUAUGUGAAGUUUUACCAAGACUUGAUAAGGGUUCAUUAAGACACCAGACCUUGUUACAAUAAAAGCUUUCUCUGCAUAUGCACUGUCUUGUACUCCAUCUCUACACUCACCAUGAUUAGCUAUGUAUUGUCCUGGUGCUCACUCUUAUUACAUUAAUAAUAUACAUACUGGUACCUACACAGAGCUUUAAAUAUCAUAUCCCAAUUUCACAACUUUAGCAAACAUACAAACUAUUUUGUUUGUAUUCAUGCUGUGUCUUUAGCUAAGCAGGUAAAUUCUAGACUGGCUCUCAGAUACUUUAAGUGUAUUACAGUACCAUUCAACAUUUUCACAUGUGUGAAUGUUUCACAUUUUGGGUAUGUGUAGUAUGAUGGUGCACACAUUAAAACAUUAAUCUAAAUGAAGUACUGUACUUGGAUAACUGCAUAUUAUGUCAGGAAUAUAAAUAACUAGUGCUGGAAACAUUCCAUUUUUUAAAUUCACAUUUGCCUAAAAACCAAACACUAUACAGACUGAGAAGCAAUAUUACAGCCUUUUCUGGAGAGUAGAAUUUGCUCUGCCUCACCCACGAUACAUUAACGAAUUACAAUAACAUUCUCAAGACCUUUUGUACCCUGUAUUUACAAACUUUACAAUGAGAUGGUAUCAUUUUGCCCUGGUAGCUACACAAGAUAGGUGUGAUGGUAUCAUUCAGUCAUGGUAUUUACACAAGUUAGGUGCAGUGUUAUUGUCUUAGAAGCUACACAAACUAGGUGCGAUUCACUGUCUGCCACUUAACUACAGUCGUACAGAUACAAUAAUAUUUUUCUGUCAUUUUUGUAUCUUGGUAAAGUCAGUCAAUUCAGGCUCACUUUGUGUUGUCUGCUUAGUCAACAAUUACAUGUAAUUCAUUCAAAAGCACCAAACUAGCAUGGGUCAUAAAACAUACUCAAGUCAACAUCAUUCUAUUGUAUAAAUAGUAACAUGUAAUUUUUAACUGUAAAAUUAAAUUUUAAAUUAUAACAAGGUCAAUUUGUAUGAAGUAGGAAUAACUUAGAUUUUAGGAUUCUUGUAUUUAUAUUAUGGGCAAGUAUGAGUUUUUGCUAAAUUGAGUCAAAAACAAUUUGUGCUUCUUUACUAAUCAAAUUUCUUGUUAGCAUUUAUCUAAUGCACAACAGAAUACAUGUGCUUUAAUUUAAUAGUCAUCCAUGCCAAACCCACUGAAUGUUCAAGGCCAGUUCUAACAUGAAAAUGGUGUGGGCUACACAAUGAGCCCAUCAGUCCAUUGUUACUGCAUCAGGACUAACCUAAUGUAAUUUGAAAAUUAAUACAGUACAUAAGCCACCCCUGCCUCAGUGGGAGAUGGUCAUUGUGGAAAAAAAAAAAAAAAAAGUGAAUCUUUUAAAUCAAGUUUACAGUUAAAGAUGCAUAAACAAGCUAUUGGAUUUUCAAGUGAAAAAUCAGUGUUGAAGGAUAAAUGUUAUGCAAAAGGUGAAGCUGCUAAAAUCCAGUACACAGUAUGUGAAGAGUAUCAUCAGUUUGAAAGCAAAAAUCAUUAUUAGCUUUAGAGUGCCGACUUUUACCAAAAAUUAAUAGAAGUUAUUUUUAUAAAUUAUAGAUAAUGUAACAAUAUUAAGUUCAGCAACUGAGUAUAGGCAAAAAUUUAAAUCUAUAACUUGUUUGGCCACAACUCAAUUUUAACAUUUUCUAGAACACUUCUUCCUAUAAAGCUGUACUAAACAGUUGACAUGAAAUGUCUAAGAUAAUUUGUUUGUACAAAAAAUGAAAUCUUAAUAAAACCACUGUAGCAGGUUUGCAGUGAUCUAGAUAUCUGACCUCCCUAUUGUCAUUCCUACAUCACCAGAAAUGGAAAUGUUUACCAGCAUAGUGUGUUUAUUGUCUUUCAAUAUUAAACAUAAUACAAGCAGUCUUUGGACUCUUUCCAAAAUGUUCAUAUUUUGAAAUAUUUCCACUGUCAUUGCAUGAUGGUGCAAUGUUAAUAUUUAUAACUGUGUAGAAAGAAUCCAUGUAAUUUGUACCUUGUAGAAACUGAAUAAUAUAGCUGGAACACAAAAUACUGUAGCUGUGUACUGAAUCAAAUAAAAUACUGUAAAGCAUCUACUUAAGACAAGUUAGGCAGUAAAGUCUGCUAGUUGAAUGUUUAUAACAGUGAUGACACAAAUGUUGACUUUUUUAAAGUGUUCAACUCCACUUAGUGGAUGUAGUUUAAUUUUCCUGUUCACAGUUGGCACUAUGAAUUAAGUAUGAACUCUGAGUUUAAAAUUGUGAUUAAAAUAAUAGAAAUAUAUGGUAAUAGUUCUGCUUCAUUAAUAGUGCACACAUCACGUUUUGCAAAAAUGUUUCCAGUGGUGUACAAGUGACUGUUGUUUUUUAAUGUUAAAUACUGUACUGGUAUGUAAAUAAACUUUAUUUAUUGUAAAUAUAGAACACUGGGCUGCAUCAGGGUUUACAAUGGUGUGAUAGCUACUUAUUUUUUACAUGUAUAAUAGUGAUAAUUUGUUAAAGACUAUUAUUCUUCAUUCAUAAUUCUAUGAUCUGAGAUGUGAAAUAAAAAAAAUUUAAAAAGA